AUGGGCUCUAUAAAACAUGCUCUUCAAUCUCGUCUAUUAUGGAAACCUCCAGUUGAAGGAGAUCCUCGUCUGUUAAGUCCGAGGACCAAAGGAAUCAUUAUAUUCUGUCUAGCUAUCUGUGCAAGUACAUCUGGAUUCUCCAGUACAAUCUAUUUCCCAGGCCUUCCUCUAAUUACUGAAGAACUCAAGGCACCUUCAAUUGCAACAACCCUCACUGCAGCCUUGUUUGUUUUAUUCAUGGGCCUUGCGCCUGUAGUGUGGGCAUCGAUAUCAGACCAUUACCAAAUCCGUCGUUUAUUGUUUUUGGUUUCCAUGAUCAUCUUCUCGGUUGCUUCUCUUGGAGCCACAUUUGUACAGAACAUCUGGCCAUUGGUUGUCCUUCGAUGCAUACAAUCAAUCGGCUCAUCCUGUGGUAAUUCAGUUGGUGCAGGUGUCAUUGCAGACUGUUACCCAAUCGAGAAGCGUGGUGCAGCUUUUGGAAAGUACUUCUUUGGUACAUUCUUUGGUCCACUUUUAGUUUUUCUGGUGUUUAACUUAUCAUUCUACAUAUGUUACACAGGCCCUAUCAUUGGUGGAUUCCUGAUUUUGAGUGACAAGACCUGGAGAGCUACUUUUUGGUUUUGCUUUGCCUAUAGCCUCUUUAUCGCACUUACCUUGUUCUUUAUUUUACCCGAGACCUAUCGCGUCAAUAGCCUAUACGAUAACCCUAAAGAAGCAGUGGAUGUACCUUCAUCCUCAAAGGAAGACACAGAGCAUAGAGAAAGCUUUGAGCACCAGCCCACCAUAGCAGCUGGGGAGCUCGAAAAGGGAGACAAGGACAGAUCGCUAAACUAUGACAAUAAUACCGAUCCUGCACACCAAUCACCCAAACCAAGACAAAAGAUGAACAUCAUUGCACCAUUCUUGCUUCUUCGUCAUCCAUUUGUGUUCAUGAUAUCAUUUGUUGGUGGUAUUGCGUUUGGGUGCAUGUUCUCAAUUGAGACUGUAAUUCCUGAUCUAUAUGAAAAGAAUUAUGGAUUCAAUUCAUGGCAAACAGGUCUAAGUUAUUUGGGUGGUGGAGUUGGUAAUAUGAUGGGAUCUAUUGUUGGUGGUAUGCUGUCGGAUCGUCUUCUGAUGCGGGCUAGAAGCAAACGUGGUGGACAGCCCUUGGUUGAGGAUCGACUAACAGCCAACCUGUGGCCAGCUGGAUUGAUUAUCGUUCCGUUUGGAUUGCUCUUGUUCGGAUGGACGAUCACCUACAAAACCUCAGUGUGGGCAAGUAUCGUUGCGUUUGGCAUCCACACGUUUGGAAUGAACCAGAUUUCAACCUCGACCGCAGCCUAUUUGGUGGAUGCGAUGCCAGGUCAGGGUGCAUCGGUUACCGCAGCGGCUAAUUUGAUGAGAAUGAUUAUCGCGUGUGCCUUGACGCUCGUGGCUAAUCCUAUGGUUACUGCACUGGGUGCAGGGUGGAUGUCAGUCUUGCUGGCUGGUCUAACAUGGCUAUCGAUGGCAAUUCUGUUUGUUGUAAAAUUACGAGGCGAACGUUUACGCAAGUACAGUGGAUUCUAA